GGAGGAGGACGAGGAGGAAGGGAGGCAGGCAGGAGGAGGGUGGUCUGAGGACGGGGGGCGGCCUGCUUAGCCCGGUCCAGCCCCGGGGAGGGGCCUCCACCCCUGGAGGGAGAAGCCCCGGCAAAGCACGCCGCUUUGGGCUUCGGAGGGACACAAAGGAGGAGGAGGAGAGCCUCUGGAGCAAGGCUUGGCUUCCCUUCCCCUGGAGAUGCUGCUCCUGCUGCUGCAGUUUCUGCUCUGAGAGUCAAAGCAACAAGUGGGAGGAGGGCAGAGGGAGAGUUCUGUAUACUAUGGGAUGGGUGGUGAAGAAGAGAGCAAAUAUGUGUCUCAGCUCAAGGACAUGUAUGACAGCUGUGAUACCACAGGCACUGGGUAUUUGGACAAGGAGGAGCUGACGGAGCUUUGCCACAAGUUACAUCUGGAAAGACAGCUACCUUUACUCCUGGAAACACUCUUGGGAAAUAAUCACUUUGCUAGGGUUAACUUUGAUGAAUUUAAGGAGGGCUUUGUGACCGUAUUGUCCUCAAGCAUCAGCCUUGGUCUCUCUGACGAUGACAGCAGUUAUUUGGAGCCAGUUGUACCAGAUGAAGUUGCCCCCAAGUACAUCAAUGGGGCCAAAUGGUAUGGCCGCCGGACGCGACCAGAACUGCAGAGCACUAAGUUGGAAACCACCAAGUAUUUACAAGAGCAGCAGUCAAAAAGUCAGCUGAGGCGCUCAGCAUCUCUGGAGAGUGUGGAGAGCCUUAAAUCAGACGAAGAACCUGAAAAUGCAAAAGAACCACAGCAUGAGAUGUUUGAAGGAGAAGGUCGAAUGUGUACAUGGGAUGAUGACCUGUAUGAUGGCCCCAGAAAAGUCUCCAGCUCCUACUUUGACAUGACUGAGAAUCAGGUUCGGGACAUCUGGGAGGACCUUGGCAUUGGAAAUAAUGGGUACCUGAACAAACAAGAGCUGGCUACUGUUUGUAAGAACAUUGGCCUCAAAGAGCUGGGAAAAGAGGACCUCGAAGAAUUAUUUAAUAAGUUGGAUAGUGAUGGUGAUGGCCGAGUGAGUUUGAAAGAAUUCCAGCUUGGCUUAUUCAGCCAUAAUCGCAUUCCCUGCCCAGUUUCUUCCACACCACUGAAACCAAAAUGUCAAAGAUCAACAUCAUACCAGAUUUUCCAAGGUAGCGGACAUCGAAGUGCAACUCCCUCUUUUUUGUCUGGCUCAGUAGCAUUGAAUCUUUUCUCCAGCAUUGAUGACGGCAGCGGCUUUGCAAGUCCUGAGCAAGUUAUCUCUGUUUGGGCCCAGGAAGGGGUUGAAAACUGCAAGGAGCUGCUUAAGAGUCUGGAUUUCAACUUGGAGGAGAGAGUGAAUCUCUUGGAGCUCUCCGCGACCCUCAGUGAUGAAUUAAUGGCUUUGAAGAGCCAACUUCAGCAGGCUGCUUUUGCCACCUUUAAACAUGAACUUCACCAUCUAGAAGUCCGGGUGGAACAGAUCUCCACUGAAAGAGACAAAGCAAGACUUGAAUUGGAGAAAGUGGAAAAGUGGAACUGGCAGCUUUCUAAGGAAGUCGAUGAUUCCCAUAAUGCUUUGGAGCACCACAAUGAAAGCAAACUCAGAGACCUUGAGCAAGAUUACAGAGGGAAACUGACUGUUAUGAAGUCUGAAGUUGAGACAGAAAGGGACCAAUAUUUGCACCAAGCUCAACAUCAGAGGACCAAAUUAGAAGCGGAAAUCAAAUCUCUGAAAGAAGAAGAGUCCAAUUGGAGAGAGAAACUAACCUUGGUGAUCAAGGAGAACAGUCGCUUGCAAAAUGAAGUUGCUGAAAUGGUUCAAAAACUGGCUGAGUCUGAAAAACAAGCACUGAAGUUUCAAAAGGAUCUUGAUUUCUUGUUGAAAGACAAGCUGGGACUUCUGGAUCCACACAGCACAGAAUUCUUUGAUCAAGAAGAGCGUUUUGCUGAAAUCAUUAAAGAAUAUGAAUUACAAUGUCGGGAUUUGCGUGACAAGAAUGAUGAGCUGCAAAUGGAGAUGGAAAAACUCUGCUCUCAGCUUCAUGGAAGCAAACAUAGCCAAACCAAUUCCAAAAUGAAGGCCAAGAGCUCUGGAGAAAGGCUCCUGCCCGAAAAUGUAAAAAGCAGCCCGCCAGGGGUAAAUUUUGCUGAGUCUGAUCCUUACUCAGUAAGUAUACAAAUGGAGCUUCUGGUAGAAGAACUCAAAGAGCAACGCCAAGAUUUGAAAAUACAGCUGGAAACCAAGGUCAACUACUAUGAAAGAGAAAUCGAGUUAAUGAAAAGGAACUUUGAGGAGGAGAGGAAAGACAUUGAACAAGGUUUCAAGAUUGAGAUAAGUGAGCUGGAGGAGCAGAGAAACGACCUGGAAGAACUGAAUGCAAAAUACCAGGAGGUGAUGGAUGGCUUGAAAGCUCAGCUUCAGAAACUGAUCCCGCUCCAAGAACUCAAGAAGAGCUUUGAGAAGGAGAGAUCCGAAAUGGAGCAGUACUAUGCCAAAGAAAUUUCCAACCUGGGACAAAGGCUGGCCCAAGAAAGGGACAGAUUGGAGGACGACUUGAAAAAGAAGCACGAGAUUGAGAUGGACCUCAUGAGAAUUGAACUUGCCGCCAUUUCAGAAGACAACACUCUCCUGAAAAAUAAACUAGGAAUAUCUCAGCGAGAAGUGGAGGAUGCUUGUGAGGAAAAUGCAAAGCACAGAAAGCAAAUCGAUGAACUGAAGAUGGAAAGAGAGACGGCCAUGUGCAAAAUAGAAGAAUUAAACCAACUGAAUAAUCACUACAAGGAGGAAACUUUCCAGUUGAAGGCUAGGAUCAAUCAGCUGAGCCACGAAGUCUCUGAACAAAGCAGCAACAAUAAGGCCAAUCGGAAAACAAUUGCUGAACUGAAGCAGAGGUUUGCAGAGCUGGAGAGUCAAAAACAGCACGAAGCUGUGGUUGCCAAGCGACUUCAGGAGGCCUCUGCUGAAUUGACAAAGGAGCAUCUUCAGCUGCAGUUGGCAUGGCAGGGAGAACAGGCCCGGCUGGAGCAAGAGCUGAAGGCCUCCAGGGAAAAGAGCAAGCGGCUUCAGGAGCUGGAGUCUGAACUGGAGCGUUUGACUCAGGAACGUCAAGUGCUGCGUCUCGCUAAAGCCCAACUGACGGACGAGGUGGAGGAAUGUCGGGAUCAGCUAUUGGAAGCCAAUACACGCUUAAGCCUGGCGGAGUCUAGGCAUGUAGAGGAGCUCCAGCAGCUAAGAAGCCAAAUGGACGGUUUUGUCCCAAAGGACUGCCUUGCUGAGGUAGAAAACAGACUGAGAGAAGAACAGGAAAGGAUUAGACUCUUGGAAGGAGAAUUCAACUUCCAGGCAGAGCAGAUGAGGCGGCAAUUGUCCAUAUAUCAGGAAGAGCACGAGAACUCAAAGAGACUAAUGGAAGAAAAGGCAGAGGAACUGGAGAUGAACUUGAAGAAUGAGCAGCUGUUGCUUCAAGAAAAGAUGGCUCAGCUUAAGGAACAGCUUGAAAAGAAUGCCAAGUCUAACCUGUUACUGAAAGAUUUGUAUGUGGAAAAUGCACAGCUGAUGAAAACUCUGCAGGUUGCCGAACUGAGGCAGAGGAAUACCGAAAAAAGGAAUUUAGUCCUGGAAGAAAAAAUCGCAUCCUUGAAUAAUUUAAUUGGAGAAAUUACCCUGGCAUCUCAAUGAAUUUCAUCUACUUUUAUGUUGCUUUAAACUGGAAAAGGCAAUCACUGGUUAGAGACAGUCUUACACUUUGUGGCCAACGUUUUUGUACAGAUUUCUGACCUUCGAAAAAUAAGCUUCACUUUUAAGGAACAGGAUUCUCAUAGAAUACACUGUGUGGAGAAGCUUCGUUAGGGUGAAAACACUUUUCCAGGAAGUAUAAAAGACAAAAGGUAUUCUCAGGGAGAAGUUUGAAGUUGGAGACAAAGCUUAUUAGCAGUACAGUGAAUACACACCUCAUUUUUUCCAAUGGAAAAGCUAAAAUUACUGCCUUCUGGAUGAGUUCUCCAAAAGCAGAAUAUUCUGUUCUGUUUGGGGAUUGCUUGAUAGUUUCUGUAAUAAGCAAUAUUCUUGUUGCCCUCCUUCCAAACUUGUCUGUACACUGGUUUGUAUUGUGUGUGUAUAUGUAUGUACAGUUUUCUACACCUGUGUAAUAGUCAUUUCUGAAAAACUAUAUCAAAGGUGUCAAAUUUGUGGCCCUCCAGAUGUUUGGGCCUCCAACUCCCAGAAGCCACAGCCAGCUUGUCCAGUGGCCAGGAAUUCUGGGAUUUGAAAUCCAAAACACUCGGAAAGCCACAGGUUUGACACCACUUUUUGAGAAGAUCUGCUGUAAAAUUGAAAGGAGCUUGCAGUACUUUUGGUGUGCUUUUGGUAUAAGAACCUGACAAGAUUUUUAAUUAAAUGCUAUUUAUACUGCUUUA